CCAGGCGGAAGAGCGUUCGGCGGAGCCCCGGGGAAUCGAUUGGCGAUUUCUCGCCGCGGACACAGGCCGCCCCGACGUCGACGUCUCCGACGAGUCCACCGAGUCCGGCGCUCUCGAGGAGACGCGGAAACGUGCCGCCGCUUGGAUCGCGCUCGCGAAGAGAAAUCGCUUUACUAUGCGACACGUGCGCCGUGUCCGUUGCUUGGUGACUAAUGCGAGCGACGCGGCUCUCGGUUAUCCCGACGACCACGUUGCAGGCAGCGAGAGCGCCAUGUCGCUCGUACGUCGUCGAUCCGACGCCGCAAAUUUCCGAAUUCCAUUCCGGAUCAAUCGCAUCGCAGCGCUCGCCGUGAUAGCCGCGGUGUUGUUCUCGCAGCUGCUCGUCGCGGGCUCUGUCGCCGCUCGACGAGUGUCGUCACCCUCGCAGACCUCGGCAGACCUCGGCGGGAAGCGUCAUCACGCCAGCGGACGCUGCUCCGCCAGGAGAUCAAUGGGAGGAGCCGUUCCCGUCGACGAGGACCCGUCGGCCGCCCCGAUCACCGCGCAGGACGUUGUCUCGCGCUUAGAGACCGCCGCGGUCCUGCGAGGUCGUCUGGUCACGGCUCUGGGCCGCGUGCUGCUGCUCUGCCUGGAGGACGACGCGAGGGUGCCGCUGGAGCUGAUCCACGACGUCGUGCGGACUCGUCACGUGGCCGUCUACGAGCUGCUGCAUGUGCUGCCGGCGCUGCGCGACAGGACGCCGCUGCAGCAGCUGUACAAGCUCCUGCAGAUGCUGGAGAGAGUCGGCAGCCGCUUCGUCUCGGAGUACGCGUCGCUCUGCAUAAGCGCCUUCCCGGCGGCCGGCAUAGAGCGCGCGCCGCUCGACGACAUGUUGACGGAGCUGGACCGCGCGAUGCUACGGGCGAUCUCGCUGGACAAGCGCCGGCCGGGCGGGGUACCGUUGACCUUGGCGGCGGCCACAGACUUGUUGCUGCGGACGGCCCGCAACGACAGCGAGCUGCUGAACCUGCGCACCGCGUCGGCGAUCUUGCUGAACCAGCCGUCGUUCGACACGACGGACCCGGAGGUGCCCGGCGCCAUCGAGUUCGUGGCGCUGCGGAUGAAGGAACGCUCGCGCCCGGCGGAUCCUCUGCUGGAGUACAUGGAGCCGAACCUGGACAGCGCCGACGACUUCCUGCGGGCGGUCCUCGAGCGCCUCGAAGUGGACGAGCGGUCGUCCGAUGUGACGAGAGAAGCGGUCUCCGUGUUGCUUCAGAACUUCGGCGUGGGCUCCUAUCCGAAAGCUCCAGCCUGGAAGGAUGAGCCGAGGAGGAUCUUCGAGAUGAUCAGCGGCGAACGGUACCCGUUGGACGUCGUGUUCGUGGCUAGAAGCCUCGCGGAUCUUCUGGACGACUCGUUCCUGCGGGACCUCGACGUCGGCUUCUACGAGAGCGGCGAGCACGCUCUUCUGCAGGUGCUCCUGCGGCUCCGUAAGAAGCCGGCUCUGCGGCACAUGAAGAAGCCGCUGUCGCUGCUGUGUGCCUUCGUCUCCCAGCGGCUGAUGAACGAAGACUCCGACGACUACGUGACGCCGGUGAGUGUCCAUGAGCUGAACGAUUACCUGGACACCUUCGAUACCCCUUGCCUGCAGCGGGAGGUCGUCGACGCGAUGCGAACGUUGCGUCCGUUGUUGACCGAGGAGCUACCUUGGACCUAUGCGCUCGGGGACAGACGCGCGAGCGAGGAUCCUCGGGAGCUGCUGUUGAACUCGUUGAUUCGCUUGAAGAACCUGCCGAUGAGCAAGCCGAGAGCGACCGCGCUCGACGACGUCAUCUACAAGAGCCGUGUCCACGCGGUGGCCGGCAGACGAGAACAGAUCUAUGACUACGGCGUGGUCUUUCAGAGAGACGACUCGACGAACGUGGAGGUCGACCUGUUCUCCCUACUGAUGCGCAUACCGAAUGCCUUCAGGAGCGAGAACUUUGCGCCGAUGUUGAACUUCCUGUCCAAGCCGAACGUUCUCGAGCUCCUCGGCCGUGAGUUCAACAAGUUUGAGUACGAGAGCCCGAGGAGCCUGCUCUCGGCGAUGCUGAAGAGAGCACUCGCGCUGCCGCUCGUGAAAUCCAACGAAGCUCUCUUCAGGGUCCUCAACAAUGCUCGGAAUUAUCUCGAGGAGCCGUUGCUGGUCAAUCUGUACGGCACGGAGGAGCUGCAGCAGUUGCUGAAGAACUUGGCGGGCAUCGACAAUGACCCGCGCUACCUGCCGUUGAAGGUGCUCUUCAAGAAGCAAAAGUUGCUGGCGUACUUGUCGCCGACGUUCAGCUUGGCUGGCGUGAACACGUCGGCGGACGUACUGUCGCUGAUCUUGCGCACGGUCAGCUUGAAAGCCAUGCAGCCGAAGCUCGCGGGGGCUCUGAGCUUCGCGCUCGACAGCUUCGACGGGCCCCCGCUGCCACCUCGGCCUUUCGACCGCGGCGAUUUUGUGUAUUUAUCGCGACAGUUGUUGUCGCACAGCAAAGCCCUCCGCAACGAGAUCCUGAACUCGCCGGUGUACGCUGACGUGAGCCACUGGAACGUUUCCAUCAGCGGCACUCCCGAGGCCGUUCUCGCUAGGCUGCUGAGUUACCCCGUGAAUGAGAUCGCCAACAACUCGCACCUAGCCUACGUGGUGAAGCGAGCGGAAAGCGUCAUGAGCGACAAGGCCGUUGUGGACAUUGAUAUGCUGAAGGAACGCACGUUGAACGCGAUGUUGGAAUAUUUGCCGGGCACCACGUAUGCGAAACCCGUGAUUCUGCUGCUGAGGAAGGCGAACUUGAUGACGCUCGUGCCGCGAGUUGACCUCGCGGCUUUGGAAGCUGCAGACGCAUGCGACGCGUUGAUCACUUUGCUGAAGAGUCUGGCCGAGUCUCCUAUGGUGCGCGCUGAGAAACUGCUGCUAAGGCGGGUCAGGGCAGUGUUGAGCUCCCUGGACGGCGGCGUGGCUGGUCGAUCAACGGAGCGUCACACGCCGAUCUCGGCUUAUCUGAUCCAGACGUUGCAGGAUCCGAGCGACGCGGCUUAUGAGCCGCUCCUGUCGAACUUGAAGCUGCAGAACGUCACGGUAGCGCCUGAAGAGCGGCAAGCUUGGUCGGAGACUUACCUUCGGCGGAUCAUCCACGACGAGAACACCUCCGACGAGCUGAAGAAGGCCGCGACGAUGGCUCUGGCGGAACUCGUGUGUGACGAAGACUCGGACGAAGAGACCGGCAAGAGAAGAAUCGCAAAGGCCGUGUCGUUCUUGCCGGUUGAGACGUUUGCCGCACCUUUGAGAAAAUUGCUGACGCCGGAUUGGGUGUACAGUAUUCUUCCGGUAGACAUGAGGAAGUCUGAUUUCUCGGCCAACGAAGAGUUGUUGCUGGCGAUAUUACAUCACGUGAAGCAACGAGCCGAGGUUGCCGAUAACUCAGCGCUCUUGAGAGCUAUCUUCAAGGUCGAAAUGAAGCUAGACGGGUGGAGAGCGAACGUGCAGUCGUUGAGGAGGACUGUCGCCGUGGUGAAGGAUGCUCUCUACGAUCCCGUGAAGGACCUCCUCACCGUCGCCGGUCUCAGUAAGAUCAAGAUCAAGGUCGUUCGCGCCGGCAAGUCGGCCAAGGCGACGUUGUUGGGGCUGCUGCGUACCUUGUUGUCUCAUAAAGCGAUUCAACGGAACAGCAAAGUCUCCAGGCUGCUUAACACCGUCAGGCAAGAUGUGAUCACGUUCGGAGUGGACGUCGACUUGUUGACCGUGCUCGACGAGGUCGGGAUCGGGUAUACGAGCGAGCUCGCUCCCAUCAGGUUGUUCUUGCACAGGAACAACGUCAACGACAAGGUCGGGCGAGCCAUCCUCGCGAUCGCGGAUCCCAAGAAACGCUAUCGCGCCUUGCUGGAGAUUCUCCAGCGACAACGCGACGGAACAAACAACGAUACGCGAUUCCUCGACGCGCUCUCCGCGCUGAAAAACACACCGGCUCGAGCACCGGCCGAUAUUCUGCUGUCGGAUCUCGUGGAUAUAGUGAAUACUAUACCGAGUCAUGUGAUGCGACGGUACCGGCUCAUCGAGCACUUGUUCAACGACGACACUUUGUCCCGUCUCACGUACGACAACGAGAUCGCCGAAUCGGACAAUCCGUUGAGCGCUAUGCUCUUCAACAUGGCGGGUCUGCCGGAAAUUCGCGACAACUAUACCGUAGCGAGCGAGCUGAAGGCCAUGUUGUCCGAAAUCGAGCGACUGAACAUCCGGCCGACCGUCACCGUCGCUCAGCUCAAGCCGUUGUUGUUGGAGCUUCAACAUGUCCGACAGGUCAACGUGGACUUUUUGAACCACGUCUUAGAGCCCGAAGUGUUGGGCUAUCUGAGCUUGGACGACCAGUCUGCGAUACCUGACGAGGAUAACGAGCUCUUGCGAAUCAUCGUCGACUCUCUGUUGGAUCACGGAGCGGCAGAGGUCGAUGACGACAUGCAGAGACAUCUAUUGUCCUUCAAGAGGGCUCUAAUGUUGACCAUGGGCGUCGACACGACCUCGAAGAGAUCCUUGACCGAUGAGGAUUGGAAGGUGACGCUUAGUCUCAUACCGCGCGGAAAGGACUUUACGUCCGUUAAGAACUUCCUGCGGUCCGACGAGGUCCUCGAGCACAUCCCCGAAAAUAUGAACUGGAAGCCGUAUUACACACCUGCGAAGAAGCUGCUUCACCUGUUGUCUCUGAUUGAAGACGACCGGCUGGAGAACAAGAACAUUCAACGAUCGGUGAAGAAACUGCGCGAAAACCUGGAGGAGCGCUUUAACUUUGUCACCGAGGAGGACGUGAAGAGCAUGCAUCGCACCUUGGCGAGUCUCGAGCUCAAGUAUGACUUGGUCCCGCUCAAGAUCUUCCUGAAUCACGACAACAUGAUCAAGUAUCUGCCGCCGGACUUCAAGUACGGCCGAUACAGCACGUCGACUCACGCCCUCGUCGCGGUGUUGGAAAAUCUGCUGCGGGUGUCUAGUUUGAAACGCAGAGCGAUUCUCUACCAGACUAUCACGUUCACCAGGCAGUCUUUGCUCGAGCAGAGCCAAUCGAGGCGAUUGUUGGGCUCCGACAAAACUGUCGAUCGCUUGUCCACUGAUGACCUCAGCUUUGUCAGCCUGUUCAACAUGUCGUCACCGAAGCUACGCGAGUUCCUGAAUCCGCAGACUCUGCUAGGUCUGUUACCAGAGUCCUUCAACUUCCGCGGCCGGCCGACGUUCAAGACGAAGGCUUCGUACUUGCUGCGGCAGUUGUUAAGAUCCAACACCGACACGCAGGUAGAACUGGAGGCGCUUUUACGGGAAGUGGAGGACCACCCAGACGUGCCAAUCAUAAGUAAGGAGGACCUUGCGCCGAUCCUGAAGAUAAUCCCCAGCCAAGGCAUACCUCACGUAGAACUGGUCAAGGUAUACCUGAAGCCGUCGGUGCUAGUGAAAUUAUUACCUGGAACCUUUGACCUGAAAAGAGUGUCCAACGUCAGGACAGCGUUGCACGACAUUUUAGUCAUGCUGGACGUCACUCUCGGUUCUAAGAAGACCGACAAGACCAAGGUGGCUAUUGACGCGCUUGUGAGCGAGUUGGCGAAAGUAAUCCCCACCGUGAUAUUGGAGGAAGCGGUGGUCGACACCAAGGACGUGAGAUCGAUCAUCCUGGAGAUCCCGUUCGAACGGUAUAAGCAGAUCGAGCAGUUGGAGGCUCAGAUGACGACGGAGAAGGUGAUCGCGGCUUUGCCGGCGGACUUCCAGCUGACCAAGUAUAAAACGAAGAAACUGCGGCUGCUGGCGAUCUUGGACGAGCUGUCCAAGAGCGAGAUCUUCCGUUCGUCGGCGGACUCCGUCAGCUUCGUCCGGAGGAUCGUCAGCAAGAUGCCGGACAUGCCGAGGCUGAACGACUCGGACAUUGAGAAGCUGCUGUUGCAGUUGCCGUUACGCUCCUUCUACGUGAGACACUUAGUGACGAAUUGCCGGCUGAAGACGUUAGUAGGCUACCUGCCCAUUGGCUUCGACCUCAGCGCCUUGCAGACGCGGAAGACGAAGAUCGCCAAGAUCCUCCACUACUGCAAACUAGCGAAUCCCACGGACGUCAGCACGAAGCAGGCAUUGACCAACGCUGAGGCACUCCUCGGCAAAAUGCCCGACUUGGACGUGACACGGGAACACGUGCAGGCUCUGAUCAAGGAGAUACCCUGCACCCACUUCACCUCCAUCAAGUCGCUGCUGCGCUAUCUAUCCCAGCUGGAUGUCUCGUCGCUCCUCAGCUGGGACUUGGACGUGUACAAGGCGACAACCUUUAAGCAGCGCAUAUUUGACCUGCUGACCGCGCUGAGGAAUACGCACGAGCUGCAGAACGACAGGAUGUUCUCCGCGCUCGAUGCGCUGGAGACGAACGUGCGCUCUCUGCCGGACAAGGUGAACGUCUCCACGGAAGUCAUGGACAAGCUGAAUCAAGCAGACGGGCUCGCCGCGGACGAGUACAAGGCUUAUCGCGAGCUCGUGGUGAGUCCUCAGUAUCUGGAGAAGAUAUUACCGCCGAAUUACAAGUUCUUGCCGGAGCACACGGUGCAACACCAGUGGUCGUUGAUCGUCCACUUCUCGAAGUUGUUCAUAAGAGAGGUGCGGCUCAACGAUACGGUGAAGAGCGCGUUCGAGGCUACCGUGAAUCUUCUUCGCAAUCAGGGAGAAACCUACCUGGUGAACGCUUUGAAGGAAGGUUUGCAGCAGGAACCAUUCAAGCAGGAACUGGUCCCGAUGAGACUCUACACCCUGGGUCACGCGGGCAACUUGACCAGGCCGAUCGAGGACGUGUAUCGCGGCUAUUUUCACGGAUCCUUGCCGAUGGUCCUGCGGGCGGCGUUGAAAGAGCUGAUCCGUCGACCCGACGUCAUCAAGAGCAAAUCUCUGCUCAACGAUUUGGAGGUGUUUCUGCACGACUACGUGAUCCUCCGUAUGCGAGACUACCCGUCCGCUUACGAGGUGCGCCGAGCGAUCGACGAGAUCCCGCAUGAGGACAAGUACGAUGACUUACGACUCCUCAUGCAGUGUCGAGACAUCGAGCAGUUGGUGACACGACAGUUCGUGCCGGAGGACGGCACGUCGAAGCAACUGCUUUUUAGUAUGCUGGAAUUGACGGAGAACGCUCCCGUCGAUCUGGCGAUCAAAGAGACCAUCGAGUCGCUCAAGCCGGUUGUUUGGCAUUCCAUUCGCGAGGAAGAGGCAGAGUUGCUGCUGAAGCAGAUGCGAGACUACAGGUAUCACGUGAGCAAAGUGAACCCCAUCAGGCUGUACAUCGUCAGCGAGAGUUUGCAGGUGAUCUUGGCCGACUAUCGCACCAAGUACCCCACCUUCGGAGAGCGACUGGUCGCGCUCAGCGACAUCUUGCGGGCGACACCCCCGAUGAACGGCACGCACGGGUUGCGAGAAGCGUCCGACUACCUGAAGAAGGUCCUGAACAACGAGGUGAAGAUCGAGCACGUGAUCCCGCGAACGAUGGAUGACAUCAACGUGCAGACGCUGUUCUUCGCGUUGCCGAAGACCCGCGACGAGAGAAUCAUUCGCGGUAUCAUCAGGUUCUUCUCUAUCCCCAACUUGCUGCGUGAACUCAAGCUGCCCAAGGAUCCUUUCGACUAUGUGACCAAAGGUCAGCUUCUGCAGGCUGUCGUGGAUCUGGGCCAAGGACUACGCACGGUGCAGGAGGAUCCGUUACAGCAAGAGGCUCUGGAAUAUUUCAGCGACAAGAUCCUGAGGACAGGCCCGGGUGCGCAACCGAUCGAGCUGAGGAAAUACGCAGCCAACUCGAACGUGAACGUGGACCUGUAUGGUGUGAUGAAGGCUGUCGAUUACAGCAAGGCAGACGAGGCCGGAGCGGUGAAGGUUGCAAUGUUCUUCGAGAACGAGUACGACAAUCUUGUACACGCCGUGGGCUUCGACCACCUAGCCUACGCGACGAGAGGAACAUAUCUGACAGCGUUGUUCGAGCACCUCGUCGAGCACGUAUCUCAGGUACCCGACGACGUAAAGCAGCAAAUAAGCGCGUUGUUGCCGCUGGUGAAGCUCGACGGUCCAGGAGCUGAAGCCGUCGAUCUCAACGACGACGUCGUCGCGCCGGCCAUGAGGAUGCUCGAGGACUCCCCGCAGUCCUCCGAGUUGCGAUCGUUCGGAUUGAGCGAAAAUACGCCGAAAUUAUCGGCUUCUAUCCUGAAGAACAAGGAGUCCUUGGAGACCGCCGUCCACCAUAUGCUCGAGACCAUCGCGUCGUCCGAGGAAGUUGAUAAAGGCGUCGGCUCUGGGAAGUCUUACCACGAGGAUACUCCCGACGCCGUUUCCGAGCGCACUGAGGACAUUGCACACGAGGUCACUCUUCAGGAGUCGUCGAGCACAUCCAAACGGUCGAGCAAACAUCGCACGCAGGAGUGGGUAACGUGGAGUAACACAGAGAGAAACACCAACUCCUCUCCGGCGAAAGCAAAGAAAAGCAAAGGGUCUGUGAUGGUUUAUAGCUCGACGAGCGUAUCAGCGGAGAGUUCUGCAGAAGAGGAGGAAGCGGACGAAGAGGAUCGACCGAGCGAUCAUGCGGGCUUUUCCUCCUCCGGCAAGGGAGGAGCGAAGGGCGAUUCUUCGAGUCGGCAGGCGAGUUCGAACGCGCUCGGUUACGUGGACGUCGAGGUCGACAACUCGAACAUGUCGGACAAACGAAUAGUUAAGCCGCUUCCGGUGGCGUCGCGAGAGUUACCGUCGGAGGAGCUGCCACGGAAGAGGUACGCAGCGCACCGGGAGAGUCGCAAGUCGAGCAACCGCAGGCUCCUGAUCCGGCCAGACAGCAGCACGGACGUCGAAUUCGAGGACAAUUCCGAUAACGGAAGUGCAGCUGGAAGCGCAGCGCCGGAUCUCAGGAUGUUUCGCGACACGCUGCAGAAGAACGAAGACAGUCUGUCUCUCACGAAGGAACUGCUAGCCGAGAAGCCGACGGAGAAGGCGAGGACGAGGGAGGCGAGCACCGCGAAGAAGGACUCGAGCGGGAAGCGUCGGCGAGACAAGGCGAAGAAGAAACGGGAAAGGCGACGACGGGAGCAGAGAGCUUCGACGCGAACUUGAGUCUCGUCCGGUGAAUCUACUGAGAUGCGCUUAUCGAGUAUUCGUCAGAGAGAUGCCGAGGAGAAGAGAGAGACGUCGGCGUCGAGAAGCGCGUCGAGGAGUGCGGCGGCGGCGGGCGUCGCCCGGUCGCGUCGGGACGACCAGAGGAAGAGAACAUUUUAUCGCUUCUAAUUGAGAACGAGAAGAUACUCUUAGUUGGACUAGUUGAAUAGACGCGUUGAAUAAAGAUGCGUAACGAUACCUCUCGAGA